GUUUAUUUUAAAUUAGUGCCAAAUAAGAAUGAAAUUCAGUUUUCUGAAUGGCUCACUUCUUGAAGUUCCUGGUCUGUGGGAUGUGCGGAGUGUUGUGUGCUCGAAAGAGGACGGGUCUUAUUAUGAUCCUGUUUUCAGCGUGCUGUAUCUGCGGUCUUAUUGGUGGGAUCCUCAACUUCCAGUUUGUUCGGGCACUGAACAAACGGCCGGACUCAAUGCACUCGAUCCACCUGGCUGCCAUGACACUGGCCGGUUUGGGCAUCUCAUCAUGUACCUUAUCGACGUGGCUGACCUGUCGCCUCGCCAGCUCUGAGCAGCAGAGGAUGUUCCUUGAGAGGGAGCACUCACUGCACCACUCGCACGAGAUGACCGAGAAGGAGAUCCUGGACAACUCCAGCAACGGCAUCCCUCAGAUCUCCUACAACGGACACACCACAGCAUCACCAUGAUGUCACCAAAGGCAGGUUGCACACACUGAAACAGAAACCUGAGGGACGAAUCAGUUGCUGUCAUCAGAUAAAUGUAGCAUAUACUUCCUGCUGAUAGGACUGUACACAGCCCUGCAACAUGCACAGCGACUAUAUUCUGAGUGCAGGGAGAGAAACCAAGGGCGGCGUCUGUGCUUCUGACUAAUUAUGCAAACGUGGCCUCAAACCUCUUCUUCAAGUCAAACCAAAGCCAGGACAGAGGGCUGUCAUUUUGGGUGAUGAAUUCAGGUGACAAACCAUCUGUGUAACAUCGACCUUGAAGGUAAAAAGGUAAUCAGAUGCCUCAAAGUGAUGAGCACAAACCACGCAUGCAGAUGAUCCACUUGUUUUAAAGAGCUACUAUUGUUUCUCCACACCCUUAUCGUCUGUCUUGUUAUGGGUUCAUGGACUGCAAAUGUGGAGGCAGCCUACAGUAAAGUGUAUGUAUCAUCUGAUGAUGGAAUGCUUUGGCAUGAAAAUACUGUGACGCCCAAUGCACUGUACUGUAUAUCCAUGCUUGUGUAUCAGGCAUCUAGUCGUAUCUAUAAAUGAGACAU